AUGCCCCCCAAACCGGCUCUCAAGGCCCCGGACGUAGAGCGCAGGCCCUCUACGGCCGAGAUGCCACCACCGCCCCAGCCGACUGCUAUCCUCCAGCCGGAGACGGAGGCGAUGGCUGCUUGCCUGAAGAGCUCGGCGGCGAAGGCGGCGCAGAUAUACAAGUUCUUCGCGGAUGCGCGACGGUUAGGUAUCGAGAAGCAUGCGCCGAACCCACCGCGGUCGCUCACGACGGCGCUUGGCACGCAAGUGGCGAAGUACGACCAGCUGUGUGAUCACGCUGAGUCGCGUUUGUUGCGCGCGAUCGCCGUACUACAGCAAGAGCUCACGGAAGAAGAGCGUCGGAUGUCGAAGGCGCAAGCGACCGCCCCCUCCUCCCCCAUGAGCGUCGAUCAGCAGUUGCCCCCAUCUGGCGCGAGCGCGCCGCCGACAACGCCAGCAACGAGCCCAGUCGUGCCGACGAACUCGGCCGCGCGCCGCGGCUCGACCAUCUCCCUCUCCUCAUUGAACCGCGCCCCCUUCCCGCACAAGCUCGAUCUGUCGACCGUACGCGGUCCGGCAGACGAUAUACUCGCGCUGUCAAGUGGGCUGUCCUCCCCAGUCACGUUGGCACCGAAGUCUGCACGACCGAUGAGCUCGACGGAGUACUCGAACGAUCUUAUGAUGGCGGCACUCACAUCGUCUUCGUCGGAUCCAUCGCAAGCGCCGCUAUCAGCAGCUAUGGGCGGCCCACCGCCAGGCGCGAUGGGGCCUCCGCCGCCUCCCCAGGCCAUGGAAACCAUCGACCUGACUGGUGAUCUGGACGUACCAGGUCCGGGCGAGGUCGGCGGCUCCGCUGAGAAGCCUAUCGAGCUUGACUUGGACGGCAUGGACCUCGACAUGUCGAUGGACAUCAACAUGGACAUCCUGGGCGGGCAAGGCGCGACCGGCGAGAAGGCAAACGCAGAACAAGGACAAGGAGACAAUGCGCCAGACACAGCGAUGUUUGAUCUGACUUCCUUCGGAGACGAGUCGAGCACACAGAAAGACGGCAACGAGCCAUCACCAGGAUCUCUAUUGGCGCAGUUCCAGUCGAGCGAAGCCGGGAGCGUAGCAGAUUCAACGAACGACCUGUUUGGGGACAGCGGGGGCGGCGAGAACACCAACAUUGACUUUGGCACCGAGUCCUUCAGCAUGGGCGACAUGAACAACAUGCAGAACAUGGCUGAGAUGAACGACAUGAACAACAUGAGCGACAUGAACAUGAUGGACUUCACCGACAUGGGCAACCUGAAUGACCUGCUCAGCAUGGGCGGCAGCGGCGGCGAAGGCGGCACGAGCACGAUGGAGCAGCAGACGAGCGACGGCCAGCAGCCCCAAGACACGAUAGUGCCAUGA